AUGGAGUCCACCUCUGAGCCAGGAUAUGUGACCCUGGCUUCCGGCGACGGCUUCGAAUUCAUCCUGCCACGCAGCGCGGCCUGCGUAUCUGGCACCAUCCGCCGCAUGCUUGAUCCCAACAGUAAAUUUGCCGAAGCUCUUACUGGUUACUGUGUCUUCGACAGCUUUAGUGGCCUGGUCCUCGAGAAAGUCUGCGAAUACCUUCUCUACAACGAAAAGCACAAGUCCUCGAAGAAUGUGGCAGACAUGGACAUUCCGUCAGAUAUCUGCUUGGAACUCUUGAUCGCUGCUGAUUACCUGGAUGUCUGA